AUGCAACCGUCCAGGGAUGAUCAGCUAGUGGCAUUGCACAAUAAAUUCAUUUCGCUGGAGCGCGAUGUGCAACAGUUGAAGCAGGAUUCCAUUGAGUUUCAACAGACACUCACGGCGCAGAUGACACAGUUUCAGCAGUACACCACGACUCAGCUAGCACUCAGUCAGCAAGGAAUUGCCAAGUCUUGCAACGCUUCUGCGAUUUAUCCGGCAGAUACCUUGGCGAUCGUCCCCAGACAGAACCGUCAGAAUCCUCCCGCCAUCUAUCCUGGUACUAUGAAGGAGUUACGUGAAAUUUCCAGACCAGCCUGCGGUACCUUGCUGGCCUUUUAUGGACACCAGGCUCAGGGGACGGAAGAUGAUUGUCUACAGGCUCUGGCCAUCAUUUUGGGAGUUCGUGGGCAUUUGCUCUAUUCGAUAUCUUUACUAGGCAGAAAGCGAAGUUUUCCUACUAGAGACCAUUUCGUGAGGCUGCAGGUUCAUUGCCGGAACUAG